CCUCCGCGAGGGUCCGGCCGUUGCUCCCCGCCCCGGGCCGGGGAUGCGCUGCUCGGCGGCCGCUGGUGGGAGCUGCGCGGCGGGCGGGGAGCGGGAUGGAGGUGGAGGAGGCGUUCCCGCUGGUGGGGCAGAUGGGGCCCUACCAGGUGUAUCUGUGCGUCCUGCUGGCCGUGCUCCUCCAGCUCUAUGUGGCCACUGAAGCCAUCCUCAUCGCAUUGGUGGGUGCAACUCCUCCCUACCACUGGGAUCUCCAAGAGCUGUCAGUUAAUCAGAGCCAUAGCAACCAGUCAGCGAGUGAGCAGAGAGCUUUUGGGGAAUGGCUUCUGACCGCCAAUGGCAGUGAGGUGCAUAAACACGUACACUUCAGCAGCAGCUUCACAUCAAUAGUCUCUGAGUGGUUUUUAAUUGGCAACACAUCGUACAAAGUCAGUGCUGCCAGUUCUUCCUACUUCAGUGGUGUGUUUGUUGGAGCAAUCUCCUUUGGCCAGCUCUCAGAUCGCUUCGGGAGGAAGAAAGUCUAUCUCACAGGUUUUGCUCUUGACAUCUUGUUUGCCAUUGCAAAUGGAUUCUCACCCUCAUAUGAAUUCUUUGCCAUCUCUCGCUUCUUGGUAGGGAUGAUGAAUGGUGGGAUGUCACUGGUGGCCUUUGUUCUACUGAAUGAGUGUGUGGGUACUGCCUACUGGGCAUUAGCAGGAUCUAUUGGUGGCUUGUUCUUUGCUGUGGGAAUUGCCCAGUAUGCUUUAUUAGGGUACUUCAUUCGUUCCUGGAGGACUCUGGCUGUUGUGGUUAACCUGGAAGGAACAGUCGUCUUUCUUCUCUCUCUAUUCAUUCCAGAGUCCCCCCGCUGGCUCUAUUCACAAGGCCGGCUGAAUGAAGCAGAAGAUGCCCUCUACCUCAUUGCGAAGAGGAACCGCAAGCAGAAGUGCACUUUUUCAUUAAAACUCCCAGCAGAGAGGAGCUCCAGAGAGGCUGGCAGCUUCUUGGAUCUGUUCCGAUAUAAGAUUCUCUUGGGACGCACCUUGAUCAUGAUGUUUACCUGGUUUGUGUGCAGCUUGGUUUACUAUGGUCUUACCCUUAAUGUGGGUGACUUAGGUGGAAGUAUUUAUGCCAAUUUAGCCCUUUCAGGGUUGAUAGAAAUCCCAGCAUACCCAAUCUGUAUUUACUUGAUUAACCAAAAAUGGUUUGGUCGGAAGCGAACAUUGAGUGCAUUUCUGUUCCUGGGAGGAUUGGCUUGUCUUAUUGUCAUGUUUCUUCCUAAAAAGAAAGAUACUGGAGUGUUUGCAGUGGUGAAUAGUCGCUCUCUGUCUUUGCUGGGGAAACUGACAAUCAGUGCUGCAUUUAACAUUGUCUACAUCUACACAUCAGAACUUUAUCCUACAGUGAUCAGGAAUGUUGGAAUGGGUGCCUGCUCCAUGUUUUCCCGUGUUGGUGGAAUCAUUGCUCCUUUCGUCCCUUCGUUGAAAUCUGUACAGUGGUCUCUGCCUUACAUUGUGUUUGGAGCGACUGGUCUUUUGUCUGGGCUCUUAAGUUUAUUGUUGCCAGAGACCUUAAACAGCCCUUUGCUAGAAACUAUUUCGGACCUGCAGGUAUGCUCGUACUGGAGGCUGGGUGAUGAAGCCAUGUCAUUGCAAGCCCUAGAUGGCUCACAGUCUGGAGACAAAGACAGUUCUGCAGGGAGUGGAAGUGAAGAUGAGGAGUUUUAUGAUGCUGAUGAAGAGACUCAUAUGAUCAAGUAAUGAACAGAAGAAACACUGGCCUAUUUUAUGCCUUUUUGUACUUGUCCAGUCAGUCCAGCUGUAAGACGAGUACUGAGGACCUCACCUGUCAGGGAAUGUAAUUGGGCAAGUGCCUGUGUUUUUCCUGACUAGGAGAGGGGUUUGAGUACUGUUCUGACUAAUUGUACUACUGAUGCUCUCCAUAUGAGACAGCUGUUCAAAUUCUUGUGGUUCAGAAUGACAGUGCACGAACUGCAUUUGAAGCCAGGCGAGACAGCAAAGGUGGGAUCAUGUAUUUCUGAAGCCUAGGAAAUUACUUGGGCUUAGACAGAUUUGGACAGAUCAUCAAUACACGUUUGUAUUUUAUUUUAAAGGUGGUUGAUUUUGGUUCCGUAUAAAUUGAUAAACUUGAAAACACCCACUGGUUUUUUUUCUGUAGAGUGAAAGUGGUCACAGAAUGUGCUGUGUGCUACUCCAAUGGGAACAAAUUCCUGAAAUUGUAUGUUAAAAUGGCUUCUGCAUAUUGGAGAGAGGCAACUAUGAACAUAAGGUUUCUCUCUCUGCACAUAGACACCUGUAUAGAGUUACAGGGUGCAGCUGGUUAGUCAUGAGCUGUGCAUUAACUUAGUGAUAAUGGAAGGCUGGGAGGAAGGACUACAGAAAAGAGCAACCAUAAAGCCUGCAGACAUAAAGAACAUUACUGAUUUUUUUCCUUUUUUAUCCACCAAGCAUUUUUGUGGGCUUAUGCAUACAUUUGCCACACGUUCCCCACAUCUCAGCACUGCUAUUUAUAGCUUUGCCUACUUUUACCUUGUCCUCACUUUGCCAUAAAUAUUGAAGCUCAGCAUCUUCUCUGUGCAGUGAAAUAAUUUCUGUGAAGGAUAUAAUUUCAUGGGUGGGACAUAGGUGAGGUAUUUAUCACAUACUGUGUGUGACAUGUGUGUUAGAAUAUAUAGCUCAUUUUUGUGGACCUAUCUGUGUCUUUAUUUCUGGAAGAAACUUAACUCUGAAGUGGUAAGAGGAACUACGGGUUGCUGUUAAGUUUUGGCGAUUAUUGCCAAGAAGCUGCUAGUAUUUGUUUAAAAUUCUUGUGUGUAGAUAAAGUUCUCAUUUUUA